UGCAUUACAGUAAACUAAAUGCAAUUUUAAUAUAUUGACCACUAGUUUUAGUAGUACGGGCUGCCUUAAUUUUGUUACAGGUGAUUACGGUUUGAUUAAAAUUGAAGCUGUAUUUAAGAGCGAUGUCUGAUACCAAGUUCAUCGAAGGAAGAUUAGAGUCUGCUCUUAUUUCUAUUCCAAAACCUUGUAUACUUGAAUGUAGAAACUUAUACGAGUACUUGCGAGCGCUUAAACCGGAGCUUCUUGAAAAACUCUACAGUUAUCCACCAAUAUGUUUAGCAGUAUAUCAGGAGUUAUCCGAAAUUGCACGGCAAUUUGUGAUACGUACUUUGUUUGUAGAACAAGCAGUGCCUCAAGCUGUUGUAGCUUCGUGGGGAUCUCAGCACUUUGCGAAAGAAUUGGCAGAAGCAAUUGCGUCUCUUUCAGCGCUGUGUGUAUGGAGAGUUACACCAAUUCCUGGUGGAUUAUCAGGUUGGGAACUUUGCCCCAACUUUAAGAAGAAUUUAAGAGUUGCCUUGUUGGGCGGUGGAAAACCAUGGCUCAUGUCAUACACGUCGGAUAAACAUUCAAAACCCCGGGAUAUUUACUCUCUGGAUAAGUACGCAGCAUCACGUUGGAAUUGUGUUUUGAAAUUUAUGGUAGGACCAGAAACAUGUAAUAAACUUGGAUGCGAUAAUGAACUAAUAAGUCCAGAUGCAGUUCGCAUAUUGCUCCAUUCAAAUUUAAUGAAACGCAUUGAGAAAGAUGGUGUGAGGAUAACAAGUCAGGGAUUUCAGUUCUUAUUAUUUGAUACGCAAACACAAGUUUGGACUUUUAUGCUACAAUAUUUGGAUGCUUGUGAAGAACGUGGACUUUCCUUGCCAGAAUGUCUUUCUCUACUAUUUCAAUUAAGUUUUAGUACAUUAGGUCGCAAUUACAGUUCUGAUGGAAUGAGUUCCAGGAUGCUAACAUUUUUACAGCAUUUAAGAGAAUUUGGAUUGGUAUUCCAACGCAAGAGGAAGGAAGGUCGGUUUUACCCAACUAGACUAGCUCUUAAUAUGGGUAACAAAAAUAGAAUUUCUAGUGUAAGUAAUGAAGCGAAAAAAUCUGAAGGAUACAUAAUAGUUGAGACAAAUUACCGCGUGUACGCUUAUACCAAUGACCAACUUAAAGUAUCUAUUUUAGCACUUUUUACUGAAUUAAUAUAUCGUUUUCCGAAUUUAGUCGUUGGUGUUCUUACAAGAGAUUCCGUUCGGCAAGCUCUACGUGGUGGAAUUACCGCCGACCAAAUUAUAAGUUAUUUGAAACAAUAUGCACACGCUAACAUGAAAAUAGAUUUAGAUCCUAACGCGAGCUCAGCUUUACCCCCAACUGUUCUCGACCAAAUGCGACUAUGGGAAUUGGAGCGCAAUCGUUUUACUUUCACGGAAGGCGUUGUUUAUAAUCAGUUUUUGUCUCAAGCCGAUUUUAUAACUCUGCGAGAUUAUGCUAAUUCAUCUGAUGCUCUAAUUUGGCAAAACGAAAGAACACGUACAAUGGUCGUUACUAGAAAUGGUCACGACGAUGUAAAACGAUUUUGGAAACGUUAUUCCAAAAAUGUCGGAUAAAUUUCAUUAUAAUUAAUAUUUUAAAAAUUAGAAAUAAUAAAAUUAUUAAUAUUGUAUAA